UGGCAGCUGGAGCCGAUAUUAAUGCAGCUAAUGAGAAUAGCUGGACAGCGACACACUUUGCUGCUUUCAAUGGUGAUAUGGAGAGUGUAAAAGCUCUUGUCGAAGGGCUUCCAGACUUGUCACUAUUGGAUCACGACGGAAAAUCAGCAGUUGCUGUUGCGAAGGACGAGAAUGAAGAAGUGUCAAUCUUUCUAGCAACACACCUGCAGAAAGCAAAAUCUGACAGCGAGCAUGGAGAUUCAGAGCAGCUAUCACGUGCUGACGAACACGGUAGAAAGCAACGGGGUGCCAUGAGAGACUUAGCAGCGCAACUUUUGGCUACCCGAAGACAGAUGUCUGAACGAGAUCGAUUAGAGGAGAUGAAACUGGACGCCCUCAUCAGUGAGAGAGACCAGAUCUUUGGCGAGCUUCGUGCGACAAAGAGUAUGCUGGAAGAGAAAGAGUGGGAGGAUAAGCAAAAAUACUCCGUUCUAACAGACGAGAAGAACAAAAUGGCGGGCGAACUCGCGGUAAGCUCGAGUGACCAUGACGAAGUUGAUAUUUUCAGCUUUUUUUAA